AUGACGGACGAAAGCUCGGUAAGGAUUCCACCGAGUCGCAGGGCGGUGCGCCGAGGAUCUUUUUGCACAAAUCUACAACCACCGCUUCAUGGCAACUCGCCACAGCCUGAACAGUGGAGCCAACUUCUUUCACUCGCCUCUUCAAACGAAAUGAAAGCUACUCGGGCAGUUGUCAAGUUUCUUCGGGUGCCGUCUGUGUUAGAGGGUAUGAAGGUGGAGGUAUUCGCUCUCUAUUCCGAAAAACUGGUUGGAGAGGUAUCAGGAUAA